AUGCUCCAUUCCCGUCUACGGCCUCUCCCCCGCCGUCACCACCCCACCAACACACCAAGCGCCCCAGCGCCAGAAUUCCAAAACGAAGAUGUCGAUAGUGAAAUCGAAGAAUCACCCGAAGACCUCUUCGGUGCAUUCCUCCCCCAUCUCUUCCCAGACGAUGCGCCUUCCUUCCACGGUGACCCAGGCCAACACCUCCUCUACAGCUCCCCGCGCUAUGGCGAUCUCAACAUCAUGGUCCCCAGUUACCCGGCCUCAAGCAGUAAGCGCUCCGAGGAAAUCGCCGCAGGCCAACCCAAGGCCGAUAAGUCCGUGAACGAGGUCGACGAGGGGCGCAAGCUCUUCGCGCAUUUCCUCUGGAGCGCGGCGAUGGUUGUUGCAGAAGGUGUCGAGCAAGCGGACACACCCACCGCACCAGGUGAAACAGAGACAGAAGCCCAGAGAGAAACCCGCGAGAUGUGGGGUAUCAAGGGCGAGAGAGUGCUCGAGUUGGGCGCUGGUGCCGCUCUCCCCUCUGUAAUUUGUGCCCUAGCAGAUGCCUCGAAGGUCGUGGCAACCGACCACCCCUCCUCGCCUGCAUUCAGCGGGGCAAUCGCUUUCAAUAUAGAGCACAACCUAUCCAGGCGCACGCCUGAAAUUGUGGGAGAAGUUUCAAUGCACCCGCACGAAUGGGGAGUGUUAAAUGACUCCUUCUCGAUGGCGAAUAAGGGUGUCUUCACGCGCAUCGUCGCGGCAGAUUGUUACUGGAUGCGCUCGCAGCAUGAGAACCUUGCCCGCACGAUGCAGUGGUUCCUUGCGCCGGGCGGAAAGGUGUGGGUCGUUGCUGGGUUCCACACGGGACGGGCGAUUGUUGCCGGGUUCUUUGAGACGGUUCUUGAGAAUGGGUUUGUGAUCGAGAGCAUCUAUGAGAGGGAUUUGGUAGCGCGGUUGGAGGAUGGGGGUGAGAUUCGCAGAGAGUGGACUCCGGUUAGGGAAGGGGAGGGUACGGAGAACCAGAAGAGGUGGUGUGUUAUUGCUGUUUUGAAGAGGAGGGGGGAGUAG